AAAUCGCCAACAGUUAAUAAAAAGUACAAAAACUGGUAGUUAGCAGAAUGCCGCAUAAACCAGAAUCCAAAUACGAUCCAAAGCUCAAGGUCUGGAGUGGUGGAGAAAGAUCUAAUUAUUUCGCACCGCACCUUUCCAUUGGGGAGAUCAUCUUCCGAGAAUUGGAAAGGCAUCCGAAGCUCAUUGCACAGAUCUCAGCCACUGAGAAGACGGUGCUGACUCGGGAGGAGGUGCGUUUCAAUGCGAUGCGUGUGGCCACCCAUAUGCGAGGACUUGGCCUAAAGCAAUGUGAUAUUGUGGGCAUCAUAGCCAGGAACACCACGCACCUGGUGGCCGUGGCCUACGCCUGCUUUUUCAAUGGAAUGCCGUUCCACUCCCUGAACAUUUCCUACGAGCAGGACACCAUUGAGAAGCUGCUUAGCAUUACCAGACCCUCUCUGAUCUUCUGCGAUGGGGAUGAGUACGAGAGAGUUCUGGCAGCCACCGAGCACAUUAAGCUGGACACCACAAUCAUAACCAUGCGAAACCACCCUUCGGGCUCCCUGCGGAUUCAGGAUAUCCUGAUCACACCCAUUGAGGAUAACUUCCGGCCAGCACGUCUGGAGCAGGGCCCCGACCAGACCUUGGCCAUUCUCUGCUCCUCGGGGACCACGGGCGUUCCAAAGGCAGUCACUUUCACUAACAGCCAACAGAUUCUAUGGAGCUGCACUCCCAUGACAACCGAUGUGGUUCAGUACUCGCACAGCACCCUGGACUGGUUCUCUGGACUCUCCGUUUGCAUUAACGCUGGAGUGUUCAGCACCACAAGCAUUAUUGCCGAUAACAAGUACGAUCCUGCCUUCCUGUGUCGUAUCAUCGAGGAGUACAAAAUAACAUUCCUGGUUCAGAGCCCUUCCCAAAUGGCCAUGCUGGUGAGCUGUCCAGAGUUCGACGCGUCUGAUCUGUCGAGCAUCCGGCAUUACGUUUACGGAGGCACUGCCUGCUCCGUGGAGAUGCAGCAUCGAAUGCGCAGGCGUCUUAAGCAGGCGGACUGUCUGGUCUUUAGCUAUAACUUAACGGAGAUGAACAGCUUGGGUUGCUUGAACCUUCACUUUGACGAAAAACCCAACUCCGUGGGCCGCCCGGUGAAAGGAAUCAGAGUCAAGAUAAUCAAUGAAAAGGGCGAGGCCCUGGGUCCCAGUGCAGUCGGUGAAGUCUGUUUUUAUAGUGGUCAGCAUUGGUCGGGCUAUUACGGGAAUCCAGAGGAGACGCGCAUAAUGGUCGACUCUCAGAGCUGGCUACACACCGGUGAUAUGGGCUACAUGGACCCAGACGGCUUUCUAUACCUCGUGGACCGCAAAAAGGAUAUGCUCAAGUAUCAGGGCAUCAUGUAUUAUCCAAGCGAAAUAGAGAGAGUGAUCUCUCAGAUCCCUGACGUAGUCGAGGUCUGUGUCUUCGGUGUGUGGGAUGAAGUGAAUGGCGACGAGGCCGCUGCCUCUGUGGUAAAGAAGCCUGGCACCCAACUCUCAGCUCAAGAUGUUGUGAAGUUUGUCAAGGAACGUAUUGGGGCCAAGUACAAGCAGCUGAACGCAGGAGCCAUCAUUGUGGAGGAUCUGGUACGAAGUCCGAACGGAAAAACCCACCGAGUCGCCACAAAAGCGCACUUUCUAGAGGUCACAAACAGAAACAGGACUCAGGACUCUUGGUUCAAAUGAAUUACAACGGAUGAUAAUGGAAAAUUCAUGCAUCCAUGGAAAUAACAGAAAUACACAAAGAGUUCCCUA